UCAGAAACUCCUGUGAACAGAACUCCUCCCUCCACAUCCANCACCAUGACCAACUCCUGCUGCUCCCCUUGCUGCCAGCCCACCUGCUGCAGGACCACCUGCUGCAGGACCACCUGCUGGAGACCAAGCUGUGUGACCAGCUGUUGCCAGCCCUGCUGCCAGCCCAGCUGCUGUGGCUCCAGCUGCUGCCAGCCUUGCUGUCAAACCACCUGCUGCAGGACCUGCUUCCAGCCAUGCUGUGUGAGCAGCUGCUGCCGCACACCCUGCUGCCAGCCCUGUUGCUGUGUGUCCAGCUGCUGCCAGCCCUGCUGCCAGCCCAGCUGNUGNCAGNCCAGCUGCUGCCGGCCCAGCUGCUGUCAGUCCAGCUGCUGCCNGCCCAGCUGCUGCCAGCCCAGCUGCUGNCANNCNANNUGCUGNCNNCCCAGNUGCUGUAUCUCCAGCUGCUGCCAGCCCUGCUGCAGGCCCAGCUGCUGUCAGUCCAGCUGCUGCAAGCCCUGCUGCCAGCCCUUCUGCCUCAACCUGUGCUGCCAGCCAGCCUGCUCUGGACCUGUGACCUGCACCAGGACUUGCUACCAGCCCACCUGUGUCUGUGUGCCUGGAUGCCUGUCCCAAGGCUGUGGGUCUAGCUGCUCCCAAUCUUGCUGUUGAUAACUCUAUCUCCUGUCACAUGCCAGCUUGCCAUCAUCUAACCAAAUUUCCCCCAACACAAUCAUCCUGUGUGCUUUGCCAUCAUUAACUAUCAGUGAGUUGCCUUCUUGUAAUGGUUGUAUCUGCUGGAUGAGACUGUUCUCAUUACUCCGUUCUUAACCUCCUGGUCCAUUUCAUCUUCUUUUGACCUUCAGGUUUGUUCUCAGAUUCAGAAAAGAAGCUUCAUUCUUUCUCUUCAAGGAAACUUAAGCAAAGCAAACCUUCAUUCUUCUCUUUUUACCCUCCUCAGUAAUAAUAAUUUCAUUUCUUAAUGGGCUCCUCUUCUUGUCACUACUGGGCUCACUUUAAGUUGUCUUCUGGGUUCCAUGGGUUCUCAAUAAAUCUGCAUUUGUU